AUGUCUAGCGCGGAGAAGAACUACAAAGGCGAAGAUGCCGUGUCCAUGCUCCUGAGACACACCGAGGACUACAACCUCUAUGUGUCCCAAUCCCAUCCUUCGAACUUGGCCCUCCAGUCCGGCAACCAGUUGAGACAGUCGUUGGACUCCAGACAUGUUACCAUGAUUGCCAUCGGUGGUGCCUUGGGUACCGGGUUGUUGAUCGGUACCGGGUCUGCCUUGAAGGCAGCCGGUCCUGGGGCCAUCUUGGUGGCCUACUCCGUCAUUGGUUUCUGUGUGUUUAUGGUGAUGAGUGGCUUGGGUGAAGUCGCUACCUUUGUGCCUUUAAACGGGUUUGCUAACUACUGUCAAAGAUACGUCGACGAUGCCCUUGGUUUUGCCUGCGGUUACGUCUACUUGUUUAAAUACCUUAUCUUGCCCGCCAACCAGUUGGUGGCCGGUUCCCUUACUAUGCAGUUCUGGGUCGACAGAGACAAGAUCAACCCCGGAGUCUGGAUCACCAUUUUCUUGGUGGUCAUCUUGGCCAUUAACUUGCUUGGUGUCAGAUUCUUCGGUGAAAUCGAGUUCUGGUUGUCUUGUUUGAAAGUCUUGACCUGUUUGGGUGUCAUUAUCUUGUUAUUGUGUAUCACCUUGGGUGGCUCUCCAACUCACGACAGAAUUGGUUUCAGAUACUGGAACAACCCUGGUGCCUUCUUACACUUCAAGGAUGGCUCAAAGGACUUGUUCAUUGGUGGCUCCAAGGGAAGAUUUGUGGCUUUCGUUUCUGUGUUGGUCACCGCUGUCUUUGCUUUCCUCGGUACUGAAUUGGUUGGUAUCACCUUUGCUGAAACCAGAAACCCAAGAAGAUCCAUUCCAAAGGCCAUCAAGUUGACUUUCUACCGUAUUGUCGUCUUCUACAUCUUGUCUAUCCUUCUUCUUGGAAUGUGUGUUUCCCCUACCGACAAGUUGUUAUUAUCGGCUUCCGGAAGUGAUGCUAGUGCUUCUCCAUUCGUGAUUGCUAUCAAGAACGCAAAAAUCCCAGGUUUGGACCACGUCAUUAAUGCUUGUAUCCUUCUUUUCGUCCUUUCUGCUGCCAACUCCGAUAUGUACGUCUGUUCCAGAACAGUCUACUCCCUUGCGGUUGCUGGUUACGCUCCUAAGUUGUUUGCUGUCACCAACAGAUUGGGUGUUCCAUACUAUGGUAUUGCUUUGAGUUUUGCGUUCACCUUGUUGGCCUACAUGACUGUGUCCAGUGGAUCUGCCGAAGUUUUCACCUACUUCGUUAAUGUGGUGUCCUUGACCGGUUUAUUGGCUUGGUCAUGUAUCUUGGUUAUCCAUAUCAGAUUCAUGCAAGCUUGUAAGGCUCAAGGUAUUGACAGAAAGAAAGACUUGGCAUACUGCUCUCCACUUCAACCAUACGGCUCUUACUUUGCAUUGUCCAUUUGUAUCAUUGUUGUUUUCAUCAAGAACUUUACUGUCUUCUUGGGUAACUCAUUCACCUACAAGAACUUCAUCACUGGUUACAUUGUUUUGCCAGUUUUCAUUGCCAUGUACUUCGGUUACAAGUUCUGGCAUAAGACCAAGUUGCUCAGCCCAGAAGAAGUUGAUUUGGUCACCUACAGAGACGUCAUUGACGCCGAAGCCGAGAGAUACGAGGCUGAAGAUGCCGAAAGAAAGGCCGUUAGAGAGGCUUCUGGUAACCGUUUCGAUAAAGAAUGGUACUACGACAAAUUCUUGGGAUGCGAUCCUGAUCAGAUUUACCUACAAAAUCUACUCGCGGUCGAGAAGCACUACUUGAAUGGGUUGAAGAAGCCUGAACACGAAUUGAGAGUGCCAGAUGAAUCCCACGACUUAUCGGAGCUUAUUGACGCCGAGUGGGAAGAAGUCAAUGCCUGGGAUAGGAAAGUCCAAAAGAUGAAACCUUCCAAAAGACUAAACUUGAUUCCCCAGAUCACUGAUAAUGACUACUCAGAAAUUAAAUAUAUCGUGGGGGUGCUAUACAGGCUAUCGAGGUUUCCCGACUAUAAAAUGGUCGAAUACAAGAGUGAAACACUGAAGGAUUUAGAUCCAGAGCAAAAGAUUCUACUUGAAAUGAAUCUUUUUGAUAUUCUACAAUCAAGUGAACGCGAAAAGGUCUUCAGACACCCAUACUUGUUGUAUUCCUACAUCAACAUUUACAAGUUCAUCAGACUCAUUUGCUCCUCUCAUCUUCAACCAUUCAUCACCCCUGAUGCUGUCAGAUCUAUUCUUGGAAAGAAUCUCUCCAAUGCAUUUGGUAUAUGGUCCAACGUCGCCAGUGAGACUGAAGAUAAGGAAUAUUUUGGGUUUGGAGUUUAUCCAUCUGCAUCAUACUUCAAUCACUCGUGUGCGCCAGGGUUGAAAAAAGCUAGAGACCACAACAGGUUGAAUUUCCGUACAAUAAGAGACAUCAAAGAAGGUGAAGAACUUUGUAUCGACUAUGGAAAUUAUUUGGAUGAGGAUGUUCACAAGAGAAGAAAAGAACUCAGCGAAUGGUUCUUUGAUUGUGGAUGUGAGAAAUGUGUGUAUCAAUUACAAGAGUGUCUGUAA